GCCUCUCCAGGCUAGGUCUCACCGCCAGAAUUGUGCUGUAAUGUUACUGAUGCGUGGCCUUGCCGCCUCUUCCGGCGUCUCGUGGAUCUAGUGCUUGGAUAUGUGGACGCACGCCACUCGCUGGGGGUUGUGAAUGCAACCGCAUCUUGGAUAUUUGCUGUAGGGCCGACAAAUCUUCGGUCACGGGUCCCUGAGGCUGCGGAUACUCAACCAAUGCCAGACAUAGCCGUGCCGGAACCUGCUCUAAUUCCACAUAGAGCAUUGUGAGAUGGCAUGUUAUGAUCAGCUGGGCCGCGAGGUCAGCGUAUUUGUUGGCAUCUUGUCUGCGUAUAUAACUUUCAGAGACUCGCUCAUACUGUCAAAGUCCUUCUUUUCUUUUUCUUCUCAUCCCCCCGUCACGAAUUCAUCCACUUCACAUAAUCCGUCUCGCCAGAUAACUCCAACAAGUCAACAACAUGCAUUCCGUCUCUUUUCCCAACGACCCUGACUGCCUCGGCCUCACCGAGCCCGUCGAGAAGCCUUACACGAGCCUUGUCGAAUGCAAUGGCACAUUCGACGCCCCGUACUCACAUGCUUGCGAGAACCCGCCCUCCCAGGACGCGCCACAUGUCUCUGACAGCGGGGCCAAGGGCCAAUGGCCGACGUGCGAGCCACCGCGGGCGUCGCCGCCACCGGAUACCCGCAGCAGCGGUAUGCAGGUCUCGGUUCCUGACCUGUCAGCCGUGCAGGUCGAGGACGCCACGGAGACCUUCGCCAUGCGUAAAAAUGGUGUGGAUGAAGUGGCACUUCUUCACAUCGGGGCGUGGGUCAGCGAGCAGAGCCUCCACAAGGCCCCCAAGUCCCACAAGAAGCGGUUUUGAGUGAGCCCGAAGGGCCAGGACCAGCACCAGAGACGGGUAUCUCAUUGUUGGGAUAGUUUCUCUUCAAUGUACAAAGAGUAAGGACCAGCAAGGCUACACCAGCAGCUGUGUGUAUUUAAAGCGGCAUGUACACUAUGGGUUUGUUACCCGACGCCGCUACUCUCCAUUGAUUGAGUUUUUUCAUAAUCUGGUCUAAGCCAAGACAGGACUGUCUGGCAGCUCGGGAAGGAUUUAGGGUGAAGAGGAAGGGAGAUAUGGCUAGUUAGUAGAUAAAACCCACUUUUUGUGUGAAAUGCCAGAGCACAUGAGAAAUGAGAAAUUUUGCAAG